CGCGUCUGCACCGCGCCCAGGUUUUGAUAUAAAUACCACCUGGCAGAUGAAUACAAACCAUACUAGAAACGUCCACGUUCCAAGUAACAUACAUCCAAAAUGAAAUUCCUGGUUGUCGCCGUCGCCCUCUUGGCCGUUGCCCACGCCGAUGUGUCCCAUCUGUCGGGCUACAACUAUGCUCCCGUGAGCAUCCCACAGCCGGCUCCUCUGCCCGUAAUCGCUCCCGCCCCCAUCAAGGUUGCUCCCGCUCCCGUGAACACCUACAUUCCCCCCGCACCAGCACCAGCUCCCAUCCAGAUUGAGGUUCCCGCCCCAGCACCCGCUCCCGUGGCCAUUCCCGCCCCAGCUCCCGUGAAGUUCGCUCCCGCUCCCGCUCCAGUGAACACCUACAUUCCCCCCGCACCCGUGCACGUCGAGAUCCCAGCUCCAGCUCCCGCUCCAGUUGUGAUCCCUGCUCCCGCUCCCGCUCCCAUCAAGGUUGCCCCCGCACCCGUCAACACCUACAUUCCCCCCGCACCCGUGAGCAUCCCAGCCCCCGCUCCCCUGCCCAUCAAGGUUGCUCCCGCUCCCGCCCCCGUUCCCGUCCUGGCCCCACAGCCCGUUCUGGAGGAGAUCGAGCCCGUGUCCGCCGAUGGUUACCGUUACAAGACCGUCCGCCGUGUGAUCCGUCGCCGUAUCUAGAGAGCUACCAACUCUAGCGGUGAUCGCCGCCAGGAGGAUGUUUAUUAAAUAAAACGAAAAAAGUUAUUACCUAAA